GGGCACGGAUGGAGUGAGGUCACUUUUCUGGGCAGCACUGCUAGAAGAGUUCCCUUGGUUUGUUCUCUGUUGGAAGAGGAAGUGGAGUUGACGAGCGUUUUCCAGGCAGACUCUGUGUGGACAGUAAUGACCGCACGUUUCCGAUUGCCUGCUGGCAGAACCUACAAUGUACGAGCAUCUGAGCUGGCACGAGACAGGCAGCAUACGGAGGUGAUCUGCAACAUUCUUCUCCUGGAUAACACUGUACAAGCUUUCAGAGUUAAUAAACAUGAUCAGGGACAAGUUCUAUUGGAUGUAGUCUUCAAGCAUCUUGAUUUGACAGAGAGAGAUUACUUUGGUUUACAGUUGGCUGAUGAAUCUACUGAUAACCCUAGGUGGUUGGAUCCAAACAAACCUAUCAGGAAACAAUUAAAAAGAGGAUCUCCUCACAGUUUGAACUUCAGAGUUAAGUUUUUUGUAACUGACCCAAACAAGCUGCAGGAAGAAUAUACAAGGUACCAGUAUUUUUUGCAAAUUAAACAGGACAUUCUUACUGGAAGAUUGCCCUGUCCUUACAAUACUGCUGCUCUUCUGGCUUCCUAUGCUGUUCAAUCCGAGCUGGGAGACUACAACCAUUCAGAAAACUUGCCAGGCUACCUCUCAGACUAUUCUUUCAUCCCUAGCCAGCCUCAAGACUUUGAAAAAGAAAUAGCAAAAUUACAUCAGCAGCACAUAGGGUUGUCUCCUGCAGAAGCAGAGUUCAGUUAUCUCAAUACAGCACGUACCUUAGAACUUUAUGGAGUUGAAUUGCACUAUGCAAGGGAUCAGAGUAACAAUGACAUAAUGAUUGGAGUGAUGUCAGGUGGAAUACUAAUUUUCAAGAACAGAGUACGAAUUAACACUUUUCAGUGGUUGAAGAUUGUAAAAAUUUCUUUUAAGUGCAAGCAGUUUUUUAUCCAACUUAGGAAAGAAUUGCAUGAAUCUAGAGAAACGUUACUGGGAUUCAAUAUGGUGAAUUACCGAGCAUGUAAGAACUUGUGGAAAGCUUGUGUUGAACAUCACACGUUCUUCCGUUUGGACAGACCACUUCCCCCUCAGAAGAACUUUUUUGCACAUUAUUUCACUUUGGGUUCCAAGUUCCGGUACUGUGGGAGAACAGAGGUCCAGUCUGUGCAGUAUGGUAAAGAAAGAGCCAACAAAGACAGGGUAUUUGCAAGAUCCCCCAGUAAACCCUUGGCACGGAAAUUAAUGAGUGGGAUGGACUGGGAAGUAGUGAGUAGGAACUCACUGUCUGAUGAUAGGUUGGAAACACAGAGCCUACCAUCACGGUCUCCACCUGGAACCCCAAAUCAUCGCAACUCUGCCUUCGCUCAAGAAGGAGCCCGGUUACGACCUUCAUCCGUUGGACAUUUAGUGGACCACGUAGUUCACACUUCCCCAAGUGAAGCAUUUGUUAAUCACAGAUCUCCAUCUUCCACCCAGGCUAAUAGCAUCAUACUGGAAUCAUCACCAUCUCAAGAGACCCCUAUAGAUGGGCAGCCUCCUGCGUUACCACCCAAACAGUUUAAAAAGAACAGUUGGAACCAAAUUCAUCAUUCGCACUCACAGCAAGAACUGGAUAACCAUAUUAAUGAGUCGUUUGAUGUUCCUGCUUCACCUGAGAAAUCCACACCCAAUGGUGGUGUCCCCCAUGACAAUCUUGUUAUGAUCAGAAUGAAACCAGAUGAAAAUGGAAGGUUUGGCUUCAAUGUAAAGGGUGGAUAUGAUCAGAAGAUGCCGGUCAUAGUGUCCAGGGUAGCUCCAGGAACACCUGCUGAUCUUUGUGUCCCUCGUCUGAAUGAAGGGGACCAGGUUGUACUGAUUAACGGCAGGGAUAUAGCAGAACAUACCCAUGAUCAAGUUGUUAUGUUUAUUAAAGCUAGCUGUGAGAGACACUCAGGGGAACUUGUGCUCCUAGUUCGACCCAAUGCUGUCUAUGAUGUUGUGGAAGAGAAGCUGGAGAGUGAGCCUGACUUCCAGUACAUCCCUGAGAAAUCUCCACUUGAUGGUGUCCAUCAAGAUGAUAAUGCUCUGAGGGAAUCCAUGAUUCAGCUAGCAGAGGGGCUUAUCACUGGAACUGUUUUGGCUCAGUUUGAUCAAUUAUAUAGGAAAAAGCCUGGAAUGACAAUGUCUUGUGCCAGAUUACCUCAAAACAUUUCCAAAAAUAGAUACAGAGACAUUUCGCCUUAUGAUGCUACACGGGUUAUUUUAAAAAGUAAUGAAGAUUACAUCAAUGCAAAUUAUAUAAAUAUGGAAAUCCCUUCUUCCACAAUAAUAAAUCAGUACAUUGCUUGUCAAGGUCCGUUACCGAACACUUGUCCUGACUUUUGGCAGAUGACUUGGGAACAAGGCUCAUCUAUGGUUGUAAUGUUAACAACCCAAGUUGAACGGGGCAGAGUUAAAUGCCAUCAGUACUGGCCAGAGCCAUCAGGAAGCUCAUCAUAUGGGAAUUUCCAGAUCACUUGCCAUUCAGAAGAAGGAAAUCCUGCUUAUGUCUUUCGAGAAAUGACAUUGACUAAUCUGGAGAAAGAGGAAAGCCGCCAACUCACCCAAAUCCAGUAUAUAGCAUGGCCUGAUCAUGGGGUUCCUGAUGAUUCCAGCGAUUUCCUAGAUUUUGUGUGUCUUGUGCGAAAGAAGAGGGCUGGCAGAGAAGAACCUGUGGUUGUUCAUUGCAGUGCUGGAAUUGGACGGACAGGAGUUCUUAUCACUAUGGAGACAGCUAUGUGUCUCAUUGAGUGCAAUCAGCCUGUUUAUCCGUUAGAUAUAGUAAGAACCAUGAGAGAUCAAAGAGCCAUGAUGAUCCAAACACCUAGUCAAUACAGAUUUGUAUGUGAAGCUAUUUUGAAGGUGUAUGAAGAAGGAUUUAUUAAACCUGUACAAGCAUCACUGCAUAAGUAAAGAGCAAAAACCCUAGGAUAUCAACUGGGGAAUCCUGUCCUCUGUAAUGAACUGGCAGCAUUCUUUGUGCCAUAAUACUGCUUGCAGGAAACGAUAGUGAAGUACAGCAAAGAAUUGACAAAGGACUUUGAAAACUUCAGCACUGUUGCACUUUACGUUGAAACAAAAUCAGUCUCUGAAACUCUUCUAACCUUCAUCUGUUUGAAGACUUUAUUUUCGUGCUUUGCUCCGAACAGACCAUAAACUGAAAGAACUAAUUGUGUUCAGGGUAAUCUACGAUAUUUCAUUGUAGUGCCAUAUACUGCGCUUCUGGUUGAAUUGCUACAAACAAGGCUUGGAAUUACUUCACUCUGUUUUACACCCAUGUCUCUUAAAAUGAAAAACAAAUGAAAAAAUACACUAAGCCAUGGUCUUUUUCCAGUGCUAGGUUUAUUUACUCUGUACAGACUCUCACUCUUUUAUUUUUUACAACAUUAGCAAUAUUGCCAAUACUAGAUAGAUACACACUGCCUACUGAUGCAGCACACUGUCCUACACCCUUACUAGAGACCAGCUGGUUGUUAGAGGAAAGCUGGCGUCUGUGUUAACCCAGCAGUAGCUGCAUAAUGCCCACUUACCAGCAUCUUGUACAAAAUAAUAACAAUAAAAAGAAAAA